GUCAAAUACUCACCAACCAGAAUUGGGAUCGCUUAGAGGCUUUACGAGACGGCCGGGUAGAUGAGCAUCUCGCUGAGUGGUGGAACGCUACGGGGCGGAAAAUGAGAAUAGCCUACACUGUCGUCGACGGUUUAUUCCGACCGCAUGCUAAGCCGGCGGACACUCCUCCCGGAGAGCUUAGUGAUCGACGAGAAGGAAUUCAUCGCGAAUGGAUUUUUGAAUCGAAUGCCCGUCACAUUUAACACUAGCUGUACAGUAGAGAUAGUUGCAAUGGAGCACACCGUGACGAAGUGAAUGCAUUUCGGCGGUGUUCAAAUUAUGUCGAGAAUGACAGACGUUUG